AUAUCCGCCGGUCCCGCUGAAUGAAAGUUCGACCUCUCAACUUCAAUUGUUUAUUUUGGGGUUCCGUAUGUUGUUCUGCCUUAAGCUUUGUCGCGUUUUAGGCCACGGUACCUACCGUAACCUCACCCCGAAUCUGUCUGCUGUUGACCGGUUGUUUCAGCGAGGUUUUGUUUGUGUUCAAUUCUGUCGUUUUAUCUCGGGACAUAUUGGCUCUCCGAACAGGAACGUAACCUACAUGCAAUCGCCUGAAGCAAAGCGCUUCUGUGGUUUGAAAAUGCCGACUCCUCGGAUUGGUACCCACAACGGAACCUUUCACUGCGACGAAGUGCUAGCUUGCUUCCUUCUAAAGCAAUUACCGGAGUACGAGGACGCUGAAAUAAUUCGGACCCGGGACCCUGCCCAGCUGGCAGAGUGUGAUGUCGUGGUGGAUGUUGGUGCAGAGUUUGACCCCAAAAGGCAUCGCUAUGACCACCACCAGAGGACUUUCAGUGAGUCGUUCAGCAGCCUGCGGCCCGAGAAGAGCUGGGUGACAAAGCUGAGCAGCGCCGGGCUGGUGUACCUGCACUUCGGCCACCGCAUCCUGGCGCAGCUCACCAAGCAGCCAGAGGGGGCGCCCCACCUUGAGGUGCUGUACGACAAGCUCUACGAGAAUUUUGUGGAGGAGAUCGACGCCAUCGAUAACGGGAUCUCGCAGUACGACGGCGAGCCACGCUAUGCCAUGACGACCAAUCUGAGCGCCCGCGUCGGAUACCUCAACUGCCGCUGGAAUGACGAGAAUCAGGACACGGAGGAAGGGUUCCGGAAGGCAAUGAAGAUGGUAGGAGCUGAAUUCCUGGACCGCCUAGACUAUUAUUACCAUUCCUGGCUGCCGGCUCGCACUCUGGUGGAAGAGGCUGUUAAAUCCCGGGCUCAGGUGGACCCCAGCGGGGAGGUGGUGGUCCUGGACCAAGGCGGCUGCCCCUGGAAGGAGCACCUCUUCAGCCUGGAGAAGGAGCUGGCGGUGGAGCCGCUCAUCAAGUUCGUGCUCUACCCGGACCAGAGCGGGCAGUGGAGGGUGCAGUGCGUGCCCAUGGGCCUGCACACCUUCCAGAACAGGCUGUCCCUGCUGGAGGAGUGGCGAGGAGUGCGGGACGAGGAGCUCUCCGCGCUCAGCAGCAUCCCGGGCUGCGUCUUCGUCCACGCCAGCGGCUUCAUCGGGGGCAACCGCACGAAGGAGGGGGCGCUAGAGAUGGCCCGCCGGACCCUGCGUGCCACCGGCCGGGAGCCCCCCGCCGAGACCAGCUGACCUGAGCUACCGGGCAGCUCUGGCUCUCGGACUUUGUGGGUAUCUGUGCGUCACCUGGAUCUGUAUUUGUAUUCUUUUUAAAUAAACACUCUCAAAAAGAUGAAUGCA